UAAAGUUCAAACAUCGUACGCCAUCAGGAGCCAUCUUAUUUAUGAAUCCUGGCAUAAAUUCAGUAGGCUCCCAGUUCGAAAAGUAAUAAUAUCAAAAUGACAAAUCCUAUGAAAGGGUACACAUAUACGCUCACAGCAAUUAAAUGAACAGAGUUCAUUUUUAGAACGUUAUCUGCUUUGGAACUUAUAUAACGACCACACCAACCAAUCAUCAGUUCUCAGUUUCAUAGAACGACAAUUUUUCGCAGGAGUUAUUGUCCAAUUUGAAAAUAUGCUGGUAGCUUUGUUAAGCUUAGCAUUCCUUCCCAACAUUAUCCAAGUGGAUGCCAACUUUUCCAAGAGCAUGCACCUCACUUGGGGAGUCCAACAUGCAUCAAUUCUGGGUGAAGACCUUCAUCUUGUGUUGGAUAAAACUUCAGGGUCAGCUGCUCAAUCGAAGAGAUCAUUCUUAUUUGGAAGCAUUGAAAUGCAAAUCAAGCUUGUACCUGGUAAUUCUGCCGGAACAGUUACAGCAUACUAUUUAUCUUCUGCAGGAAGCCAGCAAGAUGAGAUAGACUUUGAGUUCUUGGGCAACAGUACAGGACAACCAUACACUGUCCAUACUAACUUGUACACACAAGGAAAAGGAAGCAGAGAGCAACAAUUUUACCUCUGGUUUGACCCAACUGCUAAUUUUCACAAUUACACCAUUCACUGGAAUCCCACAGAAAUUGUCUGGUAUGUUGAUGAUGUGCCAAUUCGUGUUUUCCGCAACCAUGAACAAGAGGGCAUCACUUACCCAAACAAACAAGGAAUGAGGGUUUACACCAGCCUAUGGAAUGCAGACAACUGGGCAACCAGAGGAGGCCUAGUAAAGACGGACUGGAAUCACGCACCAUUCACGGCCAGAUUCCACCAUUUCAGAGCAAGGGCUUGCAAGUGGGGUGGAGCAAAGAGCAUCCAUCAAUGUGCCUCUAAUACCCCUGCAAAUUGGUGGACUUCCGCUAGAUACAAGAAGCUGACCCACACCCAGUUGGAACAGCUGAAUUGGAUCAGAAACAAUUACAUGAUCUAUGACUACUGCACAGACACCAAAAGAUUCAACGGACAGAUACCUCCAGAAUGCUUUAAACCACAAUUCUAAACAUCUGAUUUGU